CGCCAUAUUGGAUCCGGGGCGGGGAGAGCGCUCUGACAGCUUCAGUGUCCUGCCCAGACAAAUCCGCGCACUAUUUCUAAACACGCAGUAACUCCCAGCACGUCGAGUUUGACAUUUAUACGUCAAUACUGGCAAACUGGUAGUUUUUUUUUUUGACGGGUCUUAAUAAGGCGCGAGAAAGACCUUCCAUUUCACAAAGUCGCUCGAGCCGGUUGGUUUCAGCUUUCUGAGAUGUGUGGGAGAACUGCGUGCACUCUGGCUCCGGACGAGGUGAGCCGAGCCUGCUCGUACAGAGACCGGGCCGGACAGCGGAGACAGCCGCGCUGGAGGGACGGAGACGCGGACAAAUACAGACCCUCCUACAACAAGAGUCCCCAGUCCAUGAGUCCGGUCCUGGUGUCACAGAGACAUUUCGACAAGGCUGCUCCUGUGGAUGAAUGUGUUUUGGCCUCAAUGCGUUGGGGUCUCAUACCCGCCUGGUUCAAGGAGAGUGACCCCAGCAAGAUGCAGUACAGCACCAGCAACUGCCGCAGCGAAAACAUUCUCGAGAAAAAGUCCUACAAGGACCCCCUGCUGAAGGGACAGCGCUGCGUCAUCAUGGCUGACGGAUUUUACGAGUGGCGGAGGGUGGAAAAGGAGAAGCAGCCUUUCUUCAUCUACUUUCCUCAGAAAAAUGGCCUGACCCAGGAGAGGAAAGAGGACCAGCGGGAGGACGCCACGACUUCAACUUGCAAUGCAGUCAUGUCAGAGAAAGGGGAAAUCUCGGAUGACCUGGCAGAGGAAAGUGAAGCUGCUGCUGAGUGGACCGGGUGGAGGUUGCUGACGAUGGCCGGCGUGUUUGACUGCUGGACACCGCCAGGCGGUGGAGAAGCUCUCUACACCUACAGCGUCAUCACUGUGAACGCUUCCCCGAAUCUCCAAAGCAUUCACGACAGGAUGCCAGCCAUCCUGGAUGGAGAAGACGAAGUGAGAAGGUGGCUCGAUUUCGGGGAGGUGAGAUCUCUGGACGCCAUCAAGCUGCUUCAGUCCAAGGACGUUUUGACUUUUCACCCCGUCUCGUCUUUCGUCAACAACUCGCGCAACAACUCCCCGGAGUGCCUCCAACCGGUGGAUCCCAACAGCAAAAAGGAGAUCAAACCCACAGCUAGCAGUAAGAUGAUGAUGAGCUGGCUGUCGAGCGGCAGCCCGGCUAAAAGGAAGGAGCCCGACACGAACGGGACCAAAGGAGAGCAAGACGGCGAGACGAAGAGUCGACGCAAGCCAGCUGGAGGACUUCAGCUGUGGCUUCAGGGAGCCAAUAAGAAACCGAGAACAAAAUGAACACAAGAAAUGUAGCUGGGUGGUGAUGCUGGAGAUCAUUUCAGUCUUCAUUUUUGUUGAUGAAAAUGUUUGUAUAUUUCUUAUGUUGAUGCCAUUCAUGUUUUUUGAUUGCCCAAGAUUUAAUAAUAAAUACCAAGAACUCUUUA